AUGGAGGACGGGAAGAUAAUACUGGUCGGUAAUGAAAGCGAUAUUUUACAUUGUGGGUAUAGUCAUACAUUAAGUGAUGGCGGCAAAAGAUAUCCAUCAGCAGAUCAUUACGCUCAUGCAAUGAUUCUUACACAAUUGGGCUUGGAUGAAGCUCUUAUCUUAGAACUUUUGUGCACAUCUAGUGCAGAUGUUCCUGUGAAGGCUCGGCAGUUACUGCAAGAAAAUAUGCCCGCAGGGCAUGAUAUGAAUUCCUUAGCCAGUUAUUUACAAACAAGCCGCCAGUCGUAUACAAUGCAAGGACUAAGGAUACGCGUGGAACAAGAUGCAGCUUUUGAAAAAGCUCUAAUGGAUACCAACGAUGCUUUGUUGAUUGUUUGUGAUGCACGUGAUAGUGAACUUGGAGUUGGUAUGGAUGAGGAUACUUUUGUGGAGUGGAUGGCAAAGGAAAAAGCUGACCUAAUAACACUGGGACGUUGGAUGCGUAAUGAACGAACCCGGCCACCCCAGUUAGGCAACAAUCAAUUAGGAUAUUUUCUCAUGUGGUUGAGGCAAACUGCUUUUAUAUGUUAUUGUCAUUUGCCAUACAUAUAUGAAAUAGCUGAAAAAAGAAGAGCCACCCUAUUAAGUACGCAGCCUAUUGAAGUUAAUGGUAUUUCUGUUGAUCAAAAUGGGGAUGCAGUAAAAACAACGACUUCAGAUUUGGUUCUCGCACUGCAAGGAAUCUUUCGUCCUUUGAGUAAUUUCUACGCCCUUUCUUUUGAUAUGAAGGGAGAAAAAUAUAGAUCAGUUGAACAUUAUGCUUAUCAGAGACUUUUUGACGCUCUUCGUCUUGAUGACAAAUGCAUUGAAAAAAUACGGACUACUGUAAAUCCAACUGACGUUGCGCUUGUUGCAAAACGAGUUUUCAAGCAACAAAAGCUCAGUAAUGGAGCUGUGGAGUCAAAGAUAGGUCGCUUGGAUCGGUGGCGUCAAUCGGCUAUGAAACAUAAGAUGACCAAGAACGAAGGUUUACAACAGUUACUCCUUUCUACCGGACAUGCUUUGUUGCUUGAUACUUCUGAGGGUGACAAAUCAUGGGCAUCAAGUGCUGAUGAAUUCGAGUUGCAACAUUUAUUAACAAAACGGUAUAUUCAUCCGGUCACAAUCAUUGAUUGGAUGACAGAGCGAACAAAACCUCCAUCAGCUCUUUCUCACAUCAAAGGGAAUAAAACAGGAUUGUUAUUAAUGGAACUACGUUCUAAAUUUUCUGCUCUGUGUGCAACACAGAACCGUAUUCCAUUAGUGUCUCCGCUAACAACAGCUAUGGAAUUACGAACUUUAUUAUCAGCUCACAUGAUAUGUUUCACUGCUGAGAGUGUUUUCCAUUUUUUGUAUCCAGCGCAAAUUCGUCUUCCGAAUUUGCCAGAAACGUUACCGUCACCAGCUCAUUAUGUAGCUAGACAGGCUAUAAGAUACUUCGGUAUUUGUGCUCAGGAAGCUGCUUAUAUAAACGAAAGUUCUCACAGUAUGGAGUGUUGGCAUAGGAUUAAUAAAGCAAUUGAAUUAAGUAACCCAUCUUUAGACAAACUUCAGGGUUGGUACAUGGAUGAACGUCAGCGUGCAAUAAAGGUUGCUUUAAUCAUGAUGUUCGAACAGCAUCCCCCGUUAAUGAGAGCAUUGUUAGAUACGGGAGAUGCGUUGCUGGUUUACUGCUCAAGAUAUUCAUCACUUGAAGCUGAGCUGACUAUCGGCAUGAGAGAACGAGAUUUGCGUGCUUGGCUUGGACAAAUUGAUAUUGAUACGAAACAGCUGUUCGAUUCGACUACUCGUCCUUUGGCCUUUCGCCCUCCAUAUUUAGGCGGGAACCGGUUAGGAUUAAUUUUAAUGGAAAUAAGACGUGAUUUCAUGUUGCGCGGUGUUUUCCCUCAACAGCUUCCUGAACUACAAAUCGGUGUUGAGGCGGUCCUUGGAUCUGAGUCACCGACCGAAAAUUAUGUAUCAAUUUAUCCAUUUGAUGUUUUGGAUCCUGAUAACUUCACUGCGCUUUGGGCAAAAUUGGAUGUUAUGGAGAAGGUAACGGAAGAAGACUUGGAAAAUUAUUGUGUAGAAGACCUGCGUGCUGUUUUUGUUCGUCUUGCUCUUAGAAUGAGAACUCGCUUAACUCAUACGGAUAUGCAAGAAAACGAAAUGAACCUUUUAGCACGGGAAAUUACUGCAAUGCAAAAUAUGAGGCGGGCAUUAGAAGAAAGACGUAUACAGAUAGAAGGUCCUUCUCCACAAGAAAGAAGAGAAAAACGAGAGCCGAUGCCAUUAAUACGUUCAGAAGCACCAGUACCUCUUAUGCGUGCCUUUUCACCCCCUCGGAAAUGGGAAGAAAAACGCAAAUCAGUUUUGCGACGAAACUCACCUAUAGAAGAGAAAAUUCCUCGACGUCGUAGUCCUAUUCGGCAAAAGUCACCACUGUCAAACAUAUUUCAGAAAUCACCACCCCACGUACGUGUGAAAUCGCGCUCAAAAUCACCCCCAAAACAAGAAAAAGUUGCCAAACCACCCAUUGAUGAAAGUGAAUUAUCCGAAGGAGAAAUUCUUAGUGACUAG